CUUUGUAAUUCAAUAUUAAAUAAUUUUUUUUUAAAUCAUUUUUAAAUUUUUAAAGAGAGAGAGAGAUGUAUUUCAAUGGUUUAAAUUUUAUUUUAAUUUGUUUUGUUUUGUUGAAAAAUUGUUAUUGUCAAGAUGGUAAUUUUGAAUCAAAAUGUUUCAAACAUUUUAAAGAAGUAAAUGAUGGUUUGUCUUUGUUGGGUCAGUUUGUACCCUCCUGUGAGCCAGAUGGGAGAUAUUCUAAGAAACAAUGUCAUGAAAACUAUUGUUUUUGUGUAAACCAAGAAACUGGUGAAGAACUAAAAAAUGCUGAAAGAUCUGAAGAUAUUAUUUGCGAAGACUUAAAUUUGCGGAUAUAUGGAAAAGUGAUCCUUCCAUACCCAGCAAUACUAAAUGAGUCUUGUUUGAGAAUGACAGUAAGAGAGGAUAUUUUAUGUCAAGUGGAAGAAUGUGAUAUUCCUAUUGUUGCUCAAUUGGAAGUUAAAAAUCCUCUAGUAAAUAGUGAUGGAACUAUUUUGUAUGAAAUAGUGUUAAAAAAUCCAAAAUUGACACCUCAUAUUAUAGAUGCAGUUUUAAACAAUGGAUGGUGUAAAAGUCAGCAUGAGCAAGUGUGGAUUAAAUAUGGAGACUUUAACAAUGAUGUUGCACAUAACAUAACUCCUUUACCAAAACAGUCAGUUUUAAAAUUUGAUGUCAAGUUGAUAGAAUACAAAGAUUCUGAAACAGAAAUAUGUCCCAAGGAUGUGCCAAUAGUCUCAUGUGGCUUGAAUCCAUGUAAAAAAUUAUAUUGUGUUGACUAUCCAGCAGCUGUAUGCAAACCAAACUACUGUGGAGGGUGCAUAGCAGAGUUUUUCGUUGGUGAAGCAAAAGUAGAUUGCAAAAAUACAUCUUGUAAUGACAUAUGUCCUUUAUUAUAUGAUCCAAAGUGUGCUUCAAAUGGUGUAGAGUAUUCUAAUCUCUGCAGUUUUCAAUUAGCUCAAUGUAAAGAUAACACUAUUACAUUGGCAAAGGAUGGACCAUGUCAAACUGAUUUGCGGAUAUAUGGAAAAUUGGUUCUUCCAAACCCAGCAAUACUAAAGGGAUCUUGUUUAACUAUAACCAUAAAAGAGAAUAUUUUAUGUAGAAUGAAAAAGUGUGAUACUCCAAAUAUUGAUGUAAUUGAGGCAAGAAAUCCAGUAGUUAGUAGCGAUGGAGCAAUUUUCUACGAGUUCAUAUUAAAAAAUCCAAAAAUGACACCCCAUGUUAUAGAAGCAUUUUUAAACAAUGGAUGGUGUAAGGGUCAACAUGAAAAAGUUUGGGCAAAAUAUGGAGACUAUAAGAAUGAUGCUCCUUAUAUUAUAAACCCUCUACCAAAUUUGUCUGUUUUAGAAGUUGAUGUCAAGAUGAAAGAAUAUGUUCAUUCUGAAACAGCAUGCAAGAAGUUAGCAGCAAAAAAAAAAAUACCUGGUUCAUUUGUCCCAAAAUGUAGUGCUGAUGGCUUGUUUGAAAAACAACAAUGUCAUGGUUCAACAGGUUUUUGUUGGUGUGCUCAUCCAAAAACAGGAAUAGCUAUUGAUGGAACAAGUACUACCCGUGAUCAAACUCCAUUUGAAUGCGAUAAUGUCAUAGCUUUUUCUCCAAGUUGCAUAAAAAAUUGCGAAAAGGAUUAUAAUCCUGUUUGUGGUAGUAAUGAUCAGACUUAUACAAACAUAUGUGAACUCCAAAAUGCGCAAUGUCAUGAUUCAACUAUCAAAUAUACUUACUCAGGAAAAUGUGUUGAAUGCUCAGGGCCUAUUUCAACAUGUGGUUUUAAACCAUGUGCUCGACUAUUUUGUAAUGAUUACCCAGAAGCUGUUUGUAAACCUAACUUCUGUGGAGGGUGCAAUGCUGAGUUCUUUAAUAAUGGAGUGAAGGUUGAAUGUGAAAAUAAAACUUGCUUAAAAUUCUGCCCAUUCGAUUAUAACCCUAAAUGUGGAUCAAAUGGCGUCGAAUACCCAAAUCUUUGUCAUUUGGAAAUAGCACAAUGUAAAGACCAUAGUAUUAUUUUGGCAAACAAUGGACCUUGUCAAACUGAUUACUCAGAUGUUGGCCAGGAAAUAGUGCCAGAAACCUCUACCUGUCAAAUGACAUGCCCAGAAGAAAGCACUCCAGUUUGUGGGAGUGAUUAUCAGACAUAUCCAAACUUAUGCAUGCUUAAAAAUGCACAAUGUCAGAAUCAAACCAUUAAAUAUGUUCACGAUGGUAGCUGUAUAGAGUGUUCAGAUGACGUCCCUACGCCUGCAUGUGGUUUUAAACCAUGUGAUAAAUUAACAUGUCUUGAUUAUCCAGAGGCUGUGUGCAAACCUAAUUACUGUGGUGAUUGCAAAGCUGAUUUUUAUUUGGAUGGGAAGAAAGUGCAGUGUAAUAAUACCAAAUGCAACAAGGAGUGUCCUCUUAAUGAAUAUAAACCAAUAUGUGGAUCAAACGGUGUCCAAUACAUGUCACCUUGCUUUAUAGAAGUAGCACAGUGUGAAGAUAAUAGCCUAAUGAUAGAGUUUAAUGGUCAAUGUCCUAAUGAAUGUCCAGAAGAUGCCCCAACACCUACAUGUGGUUUUAAACCAUGUGAUAAACUAACAUGUCUUGAUUAUCCAGACGCUGUGUGCAAACCUAAUUAUUGUGGUGGUUGCAAAGCUGAUUUUUAUUUGGAUGGUAAAAAAGUGUUGUGUAAUAAUACAAAAUGCAACAAGGAAUGUCCUGAUGAUGAGGAUAAUCCAAAGUGUGGUUCAAAUGGUGUGCAAUUCAAAAACCUAUGCUCUAUAUUAGUGGCACAGUGUGAAGAUAAUAACCUAAUGAUAGAGUUUGAUGGUCCAUGUCAAAAUGCUAUAGAGGUAUCUGGUUCAGUUAUUCUUCCACAAGAUGCAACAUUAAAAGAAGGCUCGUGUUUGAUCUUGACUCUACAGGAGGCAAUAAAAUGUGAUGAAAUAUGUGAUAUUCCUUUUUUAGCAACAUACAAUGUUAGUGAUCCUCGUGUGAGUACAAGUGGUACCAUUCAAUAUAAGAUGUCAUUUAAUUACAUAAAAUUAAUACCCUUUAAAAUUAAUGCGAAAAUCAAUAAUGGCUGGUGUUCAGAUUCAGAUACUUCGGAAAGAAAUGGCGAUUUCUACACUAAGUUUUCUCAUACCAUACAUCCUUUACGUAACCAAGCAAAGAUUAAUUUCAAUGUAACUUUAGUUGAAUAUAAAAACCCUCAACCUUCAGAUACACCAGAAGUUACAUGUGUUCAACCCUGUUCAAAUGAACACAAGCCUGUGUGUGGAUCAGAUGGUCAAACAUACAUAAAUUUAUGUGAGUUUAGUAAUGCUCAAUGCAAAAAUAAAAACCUAUCUAUAAACCACUAUUUUACAUGCAAAGAUGAUGUUGAAAUUGUUUUAAAAACUAUUGAAGUAUCUGGUUUAGUGAAAUUUCCACAAAACUUCUCAUUAAAACCAAGUUCAUGUUUAUCAAUGACUUUACAUGAGGGAUUAUAUUGUAAAGGAAUAACUUGUAACAUACCAAUUCUUGCUUCGUAUCAUGCUAAUAACCUCAAUGUGGAUGCCAGUCAUACUAUUCAUUACAAGAUGUCAUUUAAUUACUCAAUAGCAACCUCAUAUAUUGUUAGAGCAGUUGUUAAUAAUGGCUGGUGUAAAGAUAAUAAUAAUUCAAUAAAAUAUGGUGAUUAUCACAAUGAAUAUACUCAUACCAUAUAUCCAUUACCUAAUCAAGAAAAGAUUGAUUUUGAUGUAACUAUAGUUGAAUACAAAGACCCAUUAGAUGAAUGUCCUGAAAAAUCUACAGAGUGUAUAAGAAAUAAGUGUCAAGAUUCUACUUGCCCUGGGUUUCCAUUAGCAACAUGUGUUUUUAAUAAAUGUUCUUGUGUAGCUGAGUUUUACAUAAACGGUUUAAAGGUUAAUUGCAUCUCUGAGUAUCAACCUUCUGUUUCUUCUGAUAAUAGUGAAAUAUCUAAUGAGAUAUUGGUUGAAAAUUCAUGUGCAUUUAAAUGUACUGAUAUUUAUGAUCCUGUUUGCGGUAGUGAUCGGAGAACUCAUUCUUCUCUAUGUACCAUGCUCUUUAGUGCAUGCUCUACAAAUUCAAAAAUUUUCAAAAUCCAUAACGGAGUUUGUGGACAAUGCAAAACUGCAUGUACACGUGAAAUAAUGCCUCAGUGUGGAAGUGAUGGAAUUACCUAUAGUAAUAAAUGUGAAAUGGAGAAAAAGAUAUGUGAAUCGAAUGGUCAAGUAAAAUAUGCUUACAAUGGAAGUUGUGAUAAGCCAUAUUGCCCAGAUAUUUGUACAGGAGAAAUUAGUCCACAGUGUGGAAGUGAUAGAAAGACAUACAAUAACAUGUGCAUGCUGCAAACUGCAAUUUGUUCAAGUUCAGAAAAAAUCAAGUUUCUUCAUGAAGGACAAUGUCAAAAUUGUCUUCAAACAUGUACUCAAGAAUGGGAUCCAUACUGUGGUAGUGAUGAUGAAACUUAUGGAAAUUUAUGUUUGAUGAACCAUGCAAUAUGUGAAAGUGCUGGAAGUCUGCAAAUAAAGUACGCUGGAAGUUGCAGUUCGCCUACAUGUCCAAAAUCUUGUCCACAAGGAGGAGUAAAAGUUUGUGGUACAGACAACAAUACUUAUAUAAAUUUAUGCGAACUUCAAAAAAUAACAUGCCAAAAUAAAAAAGUUUAUCUCAAUUACAUAGGAGAAUGCAAAGGAAAAUGUCUAUCUUCAAUGUGUCAUAUAGAAGAGGUCAGCUCAAUAUGUGGAAGUGAUGGACAGACCUAUUCACGUUGUCUUUUCAGAAGAGCCCAAUGUCUUGCUGGUGGUGAAAUAAGAAUUGCCUACAAGGAGAAUUGUCGUAAAACAUGUGGUGGUCAGAAAAUGCCUGUGCGGUGUAAAAAUGCAUGUAGUUCUGUAUUUUGCCCAAGUUACCCCAGUGCUUCUUGUAUUGUUGAUAGAUGUAAUAGUUGUCAAGCAAAAUUUAUGUUGUUAUCAAAAGAUGUUACUAAUGAUUGCGGUUCUGUUUGCAAUGAGGUAUGCAACACAGUUUUUGAUCCAAUUUGCGCAAACAAUGGAUUGACGUAUGAAAAUGAAUGCUUUCUAAAUGUUGCGCGUUGUAAGUCAAAAGGAAAAAUCAAGUUAGCAUACAGAGGAGAAUGCAAACUGAAUUAUUUAUGAAAUGUUUCAAA